AAAGUCAUCAGCAAAGUUCAUGUCAUUGCUGCAGCUGCCGACACCAUCAUGCUGAAGCUUGUAGACCCGGAAAUCUUUGAGUACAGUGGCAUCUGGCCCAAAGAUGCUGUCAUCCAAGCACACCAAGCUCACUCGGCCCUGGCUGCUAGCUCUCGACACCCAUCAAAGUUUCAGUAUGCCAACGGUGUUGUCGGCCAAGUGUUUGCACCGGCUGGGUCUCUGAAACGUGCGAAUGUCCACAGAGGAAUAUCAAACAUCUUCCAGCUGAAUAUCAAGAAGACUCAGAACGUCUAUGAGCUGCAAGAGCCUGGAGUACAGGGUGUGUGCAACACCCAGUAUGUCAUCAGUGAGGACACAAAGGCUGACCGCAUCCUGUUGACCAAGACUAAGGACCUGAACAACUGCCAGGAGAGAAUCAUGAAAGACAUCGGCUUGGCUUACACAGAGAGAUGUGCUGAGUGUGAGAAUAGAGGAAAGACCCUGAACGGAGCCGCUGCUUUUAGCUACAUCAUGAAACCAGCAGCCACGGGUGCUUUGAUCUUGGAGGCAACUGCUACAGAACUCCUCCAGUUCUCACCUAUCAACAUCAUGAAUGGUGCUGCACAGAUGGAGGCUAAGCAAAUCCUGACCUAUGAGAUUGCGAAGGCCGCAGUGGAGCACAUCAGAGCUGAUAUUCCAUAUGUUCCCCGUGGAUCCCUGCAGUACAAGUUUGACAGGGAGCUUCUUCAGACACCCAUCCAGCUACUGAGGAUCAGCAAUGCCGAGGCACAGAUUGUUGAGAUUCUAAACCACCUGGUAACUUUCAAUGUGGCCAUGGUCCACGAAGACGCCCCUCUGAAAUUCAUUGAGCUCAUCCAGCUGCUGCGGUGGCCAGAUUGACGAGUAUUGAGGGCCGAGAAGUUCCGCUGGGGAGGUGACUGUUGCCGAAAGCUGCUCAAGCACUUCUGGCAGUCGUCCCACAUGGUGACAGCCGACUGGAGGUAUCAAGAUGCAGAGAGCCUGGCCAUGAACCCCAAGAUACAAGAAAACCCAGUUCUGCGUGAGGUUGCCAUGCUGGGCUACGGCACCCUGGUUGCUAAAUACUGUGCAGAGAACCCAAAUUGCCCAGCUGAGCUAAUGAGGCCCAUCCAUGAACUUGCUAUCCAGGCUGUUGCCAGAGGUGAAAUGGAGAAGGUCAUUGUCACUCUCAAAGUCAUGGGUAAUGCUGGACAUCCUGCCAGCCUGAAGCCAAUCAUGAAGCUCCUGCCUGGCUUUGGAAGUGCUGCUGCUGCUGGCCUGCCACACAGAGUUCACAUUGAUGCUGUUUUGGCCCUGAGAAACAUUGCUAAGAAGGAGCCCAAGAUGAUCCAGGAAUGGGCUGUUCAGCUGUUCAUGGACAAGGCUCUUCACCCAGAGCUACGUAUGGUUGGUGCUAUCGUACUCUUUGAGACCAAGUUGCCAAUGGGUCUGGUGACUACUCUCGCCAAUGUCCUCUUGAAAGAAAAUAAUCUGCAGGUCGCUAGCUUUGUCUACUCUUACAUGAAGGCCAUGACCAAGAACACCGCUCCUGAUUUUGCCUCUGUUGCUGCUGCCUGUAAUGUUGCUGUGAAGAUCCUUAACCCUAAAUUUGACAGAAUGAGCUAUCGAUACAGCAGAGCUUUCUAUUUUGAUACCUACCACAACCCCUGGAUGAUGGGUGCUGCUGCUAGCGCCUUCUAUGUUAACGAUGCUGCAA